AUGAACAUGAUGGACGAGGACUUAGGGCUUCUCUUCCCCCGGCAAUCCUCUGGUACCUGCUCAGCGGGGUCAAUAGCUGAGGAGGCAACGUGUGUACCAGAAUCAACAUGCGACGGCGCCAUCUUCCCGAAUCAAUGCGGCACAGGGUCAGAGUGCUGCUUCAUCAGACCAUGCAGCGUCUCCGAAGGGAGCGGGAUGUGCAAGAAUGAUACGCGCGAUGCGUGCGGUGGGGUGUUCUAUACGGGGGAUAUAUCCAAGGCCCCCUGUCCCGGCGAUUCUACCAUCCGCUGCUGCGUCACGUUCGAGAAUAUGAACAACGGUACCAACGGAGAUGGUUCUUCAAACUCGAGCGACUCGUCAUCGAGCGGCCUCACCAGCUCACAAAUCGGAGGUAUAGUCGGUGGUGUGGUAGGCGGUGUUAUCGUCCUUGCUGCGCUAUUCUUGGUAUUUUCUUUUGGAUAUUGGAGAAAGCGGCAACGGGAUCGUCAGAUUCCCGUCGAAAUACCAAGCGGUAGGGAUAGAAAAGAGGAAGAAAACAGUGGUCAAGGCAGAUUCAUGAGUGAGGUUGAGGCCAGGGAGGUAGGGGAGUUGGAUGCGGGGAAUGAGAGGCGGGAGUUAGAUGAGCAUGGGCAGGCUGUGUAUGAGCUUGAGGGGGUAUCGCCUGUUGAUGGGCGAAAACGAUGA